AUGACAGCUCAAGGCCGUCAACAAAUUCGAUUCCAUACGUAUCUCCUGUUGUCAAUAUAUUUUCUUCGUUUAAACAAUAUGAAUGUGGUCACGCAAGCGCCCAACCUACGCUUGAAGUUGUUCGACGACGACAAAAUGUCAAGAGGAAGAUCAAGUUCCCCUCGUCUUAGCAAAGAUGUCGACAUGGAUGUUGACCCUCGCUCCCCUCAAGACAAGCCAGACGCCAAAGUCAUCGUAAUCACCAAUUUGACGCGCAACGUCGUUGAGGCCCACCUCCGAACCGUAUUCAGCUUCUACGGGCAAAUCACCAAAAUGGAUGUCCCUAUCUUCGGGAAAUCCGGACAAAAUAGAGGAAAAGCUGCGUUGGAAUUCUCUGAUCCUUCUGCAGCACGCAAGGCAGUCUCUCACAUGGAUGGAGGCCAAUUGGACGGCGCCGUCCUGAAAGUCGAGCUCUCCGACCUCCCAAUCCGAUCUACAUCAUCCGCACUCGCUCGCCUCCGCCAAACUACCGACGCGGUGGAAGAGGUGGUGGUUUCCGCGACAGGGAUCGUGAUUCCUUCCGAGGAAGAGGUUUCGGACGUCGAGGAGGGCCUCCAGGACGGGACUACUAUCGACCAGGCCGCUCGCGUUCGCGUUCAAGGUCUCGCUCACCCAUCCGACGUAGCGAAAGAGGUCCUCCUCCGAGGAGACGCUCUCCAAGUUACACAAGAGGAGGCUAUGGGCGUCGCAGGUCGAGGAGUUAUUCCGUUCGCUCGAGUCGGUCUCGCAGGCCUCGAGCUACAGUCGAAGUGGCACUCGCUCGAGGUCGCCCAGCAGGACUAG